AACUUGAUGCAGCAGUCAGUUUCACUUUUGCGCGUCAGGGAUCCCUUGUAUAAAAGGAUGGGAGCUUCUAGGUUGACUCGAUUCGCAAUAGAUGAUGAAAGAAGGAUGAAGAUACUCGAGAUGGGUGGAGCUGAAGAGCUCUUAAAUAUGUUAAGCACGGCUAAGGAUGACCGCACACGAAAAGCAGCUUUGGAGGCUCUUGCUGCACUGUCACAAUCAGAUAAAGUUCUUGCGUCCCUGCACAAUGCUGGGGCCAUUUCAAUCAUUAGGUCUGCACCAAAUUCACUUGAGGAUGCAGAAGUUGAGAAAUUCAAGUUGAGCUUGUUGAAGAGGUUCCAGGAUCUGAGGGUUUCAUAUGAAGAAAUUGAUGGAAUUUCGAACUGGAUGCAAAUAUUUUUGUUUGGUAGUUAAAGAAGUUGCAGACCAAGAAACUGAGAAAGGUCCUGGUGAAGUUACAUCAGAAAGUAUGCAACAUGGCCAUCACCAUUAACCCUCUCAAAUCUACAGAGCCCGACAACUGAGCGCCUCUGUUUCCUCUUUUAUUUGUAACCAAGCCAUUUCCCAGAUUAAUUACUCAUCCACAUAAUUAUCAUCAGUUCCAUAAGAACUGGAGGUUGUGCUUAAUACAGAACAAAAACAUCAUAUAUUUAGAUCAGGCUCAUGAAUUCCUCUUCAAUAGCAAAGGCCUAAGCACAUUUCUAGCAUGGUGGGGAACAUGAACUUUGUGCAUCAUUUAACAGAAUCAUCAGUGGUAUUCUCGUCUUUUUCUUUUCUUUUCUUUUCUUUUCUUUUCUUUUCUUUCUAUUUUUUUUUUGAAUAAAAGGGAAAUUUUUAUUUUGAAGGCAUAUUU